AAAAUCAACAUCCUCAUCCUCUCUCUCUCUAAACUUCAUUUUUCUUCUUCCUCCUCGAAAAUCACAGCUUCCCAGCAAAGUAAACACUCGAGAAAAUGAAGCUCCUAUCUGACAAAGUCACAAACAAUUCACACGGACAAGAUUCGUCCUACUUCUUGGGAUGGCAAGAGUACGAGAAGAACCCCUACGACGAUAUCAAAAACCCCAAAGGUAUCAUCCAAAUGGGUCUCGCCGAGAAUCAGCUCUCCUUCGACCUCCUCGAGUCUUGGAUGGCUCUCAACCCCGAAGCCGCCGCGUUCAAGAACCCCGAGGGCGAGUCCGUCUUCAGACAGCUCGCCCUCUUUCAAGACUACCACGGCCUUCCCGAAUUCAAGAACGCCAUGGCUCAGUUCAUGUCCGAAAUCCGAGGAAACAAAGUGGACUUCGAUGCCGACAACCUCGUCCUCACCGCAGGCUCUACCUCCGCCAACGAGACUCUCAUCUUCUGUCUCGCCAACCCCGGCGACGCCUUCCUCCUCCCCACUCCGUACUAUCCCGGAUUCGACAGGGAUCUCAAGUGGAGGACCGGAGCCGAGAUAGAGAGGCACGAGAUGUUGGUGGCCGGACUCCGGGAAGCCGGGAUCGAGUGCCUAGAGAGCAACGCGGGAUUGUUCUGCUGGGUGGACAUGAGACACCUCCUAAGCUCAAACACCUUCGAGGCGGAGAUGGAACUGUGGAAGAAGAUCGUGUACCAAGUGGGCCUCAACAUAUCUCCGGGAUCCUCGUGCCACUGCACCGAACCUGGCUGGUUCAGACUUUGCUUCGCCAACAUGUCCGAGGAAACACUUGCUUUGGCAUUGAAACGGAUAAGUUCGUUCGUGGCGUCCGAGCAACCGGCGUCGACCGGAACGACGAGCCCUCGUACUUCUAAUAAGAGCAGCAAGAGGAAAGGAUUCACUAAAUGGGUUUUCCGAUUAUCGCAAAACAACGACCGUGUUUCAGUCUACUUUGCCCUAUACCGUAGCCGAGUUAGACGAGAAACGGGAAAAGAUCAUUUGCAUCAAUUGUUUGCUAACAACGUAACCGGUGCAAAAGCCCUUCCCCAGAAUUGGCGCCACCUCUGGAAAGGGGCAUUUGAAUCAGUUUUACAACCGAUGCAAAUAUUUACCUCAACAUUUGCAUCGCAAGCUUUUGCAUCGGUUGACAAUCGAUUUAAAAAGACAGCUCUUUCAGCUAAUCUCCUCCUUGGAUGGAUUGAUGGUAAUGAAGCAGCCCCGGCGCCAACUAUCUCCAAAAACGAUAAAACCGUCCCUAAUCCAGAGUAUACCUCCUGGACCAUCGUUGACACACAGAUCCGCGCCUGCCUCCUAGCGGUCAUCAGCCCCUCCGUUCACAAACAUGCUCGCGGCUUCACCACAUCUGCUGCCCUCUGGGAUGCUUUGGCCGCACGCCGGAAAACCCAUUUUGUGAAUCCUUUCCUCUUGCUGCUCUUAUUCGAAUUUUGGGGAGGGCUCGCCGUCCCGGUCGCCGCCGGUUGCUCGGACCCCGCGAACGAACUUAUCCGUUUCAAUGCCAAAGCAAGUGUUUCCUCGGACAUGUUGGCGAAGCAAAGUCUGAACCAGCCAGCACUGGAUGGGGACUAUCUCGGCUCCGGUCCUCCACUUGAGAUCCCUGUCGAAUCCGGGAUAGUACGGAGUGGGGAGGAGGAAGGCGUCGCCGGGGUUGGCGAGACAGAAGAUGAGAGUCUCGUUGGCGGAGGUAGAGCCGGCGGUGAGGACGAGGUUGUCGGCAUCGAAGUCCACCUUGUUUCCUCGGAUUUCGGACAUGAACUGAGCCAUGGCGUUCUUGAAUUCGGGAAGGCCGUGGUAGUCUUGAAAGAGGGCGAGCUGUCUGAAGACGGACUCGCCCUCGGGGUUCUGGAACGCCGCGGCUUCGGGGUUGAGAGCCAUCCAAGACUCGAGGAGGUCGAAGGAGAGCUGAUUCUCGGCGAGACCCAUUUGGAUGAUACCUUUUGGGUUCUUAAUUUCAUCAUUCCUUGCAAGCCUACUCCGAUGCUGAUUGGGCUGGAUGCCCCGACACUCGUCACUCCACCUCGGGGUGCUUCUCUUGAUACAGGAACCACAAAUGAGGUUAGCUCUUAUGAUGAAGAUGAAGAACUGCGGACGGAAGAACAAAUGGACCAUUCCAGGAGGGACAGUCGACCGGAGGAAAGCAGCAGAGCUGACCGGCUACAGACGGUCGACCUGAUGGACCGUUCCGAUGCCCACGGUCAACUGUCAGAGAGGCAGAAUGAUGGAUCCCUAGGAGAUGACCGAACGGACGAUCUGGUGGACCGUCCUGAUAUCCACGGUCGACCGUUCGAGAGGCAGAAUGACGGUUCUUUGGGAGAUGAUCAAACGGUCGACCGUGAUGAGGAAGACGGUCGACCGCGUCCGAGGCAGAAAGUUAGCGAUCCAGAACAGCUCCAAACGGUCGACCCCGUGGACCGUUCCACGGACGGCAGUCGACCGUCCCCUUCCCAGCCAGCGGUGGAGAACUUGGGACGUGGUCAGCGUGAGAAACGUCCAAAUGUACGCCUUGCUGAUUAUGUUACCCAUGUGAUGUCUGAAUGGUUAAGAGAUUUGCCUCUGAAUGGUUAAGUAUUAUACAGAGUCUGAAUGGUUAAGAGCUCUUAUCUGAAUUGAUCAGACAUUUGCCUCUGAAUAGUUAAACAAUAUACUAGCUCUUAAUGG